AUGGCCUGGCAAUCUCCGGCCAUGUCUGGUAUGGGCAUGCCGGGGCAGAUGGGUGAUGGUUCCAAUGGCGGACACCCGCAGGGGACUGAGUACACGCUACAGGGCGUGAUGCGUUUCCUCCAGACCGAAUGGCACCGACACGAACGCGACCGCAACGCCUGGGAGAUUGAACGCGCCGAGAUGAAGUCUCGCAUCGGCCGGCUAGAGGGAGAGCUACGAACAAGCAAGCGACUGCAUGAAUCUCUGGGCAAACAUGUUCGGUUAAUGGAAGGCGCUUUGAAAAAGGAACGUGAGAAGGUGAAGAAGCUUGCCAACAACGAGAAGCUCGAAGAUAUCCAAGACCCGAAGGAUAUCGCGAGGGAGAGUAUCAGCUUCUUAAAAGCACAACGAUCUUCACCGUCUACGGACACGAAUGCCAAUCUGGAUGACCCCGAGAACGCCGUUUCCAAUGAAUUCCGCCAAGAAGACGAGCGAGACAAAUCGCGCGUAUACUUGUCAAGAUGUGCGCAAGAGGUUGCGUACCAUGUGAUUCCUACAUUCCACCCAGCUCCCGACCUCAGCGACCCGGAUCUUCUGUACGGGAACCAGCAGCUCUCACAACAGAACCUCGAGGAGGCAUACAUCCAACAGCAGCUACAGAAGACAAACCAGCGGCUAGUGCGCGAGGCAGGGCUUCCGAAUCAUCAGCCCUCACCCGGCCAGUACGCAGAGAACGCUCGGAUGCCAGCCCAGUUUGGACCUGGAUCUGGAUCGGUUCCUCGCGAGGCCCUGGAACGCCGGCAGAUUGACAUGCACACCCCUGUCACUGCAAUUGACAAUCGAAACCAAGUCUACGAACAGGGCCUGGUGGAUGAGCGACCCAUGAACCAGCAGCCACCCAUUGAGACACAAGGCCCACAAGUAGUAGUCAAGGAGGACCUACAGUCCCAAAACUCGACAGACGAGGGAGGCGAAGAUAUGGAUGGUUGGAAUUUUGACGAGCCCAAUGAAAAGGAAACCAUCAACGAGUCCAUACCGCCUCACCGUCCAGACACCGACGCAUUCCCCAACGCCAACUUUGUUCAUCCCAAGUCGCCCUCUCGUGGAGGUUCUCUCUCCCACCGCAGGAAGAGCUCCGGCUCACGACGCAAGAGUGAUGCAAGACUCUCUUUCAAGGUUCGAUUUGCUCUUCGUGGCCACCUCGAUGUCAUCCGCUCCGUCAUAUUCACUGGCGGUGGCAGUCCGUCGGAGCCGGAAAUCUGCACUUGCAGCGAUGAUGGAACGAUCAAACGUUGGAUCAUCCCCGCAACAUAUGGCACGUUCGGAGCCCAGGGUCCCAGCUCAAGCAACGACCUGGAUAUUGUCAGCUACUUCACCCACCGGGGUCAUGUCGGAGCAGUCACUUCACUAGCCGCCUGCUCGCCAUCUCAAAGCAUUUCCAAUGGUGGGCGAGCUUCCGGUGACGGCUGGGUGUUUUCAGGUGGACAGGACGCUAGCGUACGGGUCUGGGAGCGUGGAAGAGUCGACCCUAAGGCCACCUUGGAUGGGCAUACGGAUGCUGUAUGGGCUCUCUGUGUGCUUCCGGGCACGACAGGCUCAGUUUAUGGCGACUCAAGCAGUCACUAUGGUGGUCAAGACAGACUCAUGCUGGCCUCUGGUGCUGCCGAUGGCCGCAUUCUCAUCUGGGCAGUCACUCCCCCGCCUCUCGUCUCUUCUCCUCAAGCCGGAUCACGACGUCAAGGUGGCAGCCGUCGUGCGAACUCGAUCUCAUCCGGAUCCAACUUCCCAUCCUCCCCCCCAGCCUACCCUCUUUCCCUUGCUGGUGUGAACUUUGUGGUUUCCUACACCGAUGCAUCAAUUCUUGUUUAUGACACUCGAACUGGCGAAGAGAUCGUGGGUAUGGCAAGCCUUGAAACAUACGACGGUACGCCCUCAACCGGAGUGAACUCUGUGGUUGCUACAACCGUUGGAUUCGACGGGUCGGCCAACCUGGACCCCAAUCGUACCAUGGCUGAAGAAGACGAAGUUGUGCAUGGGGCUACUGGAUCUAGCAGUGUGGAGGGUGUGGUUAUCAGUGGCUAUGAGGACCGAUACAUACGAUUUUUCGAUGCCAACAGUGGCCAAUGCACGUACACGAUGCUGGCCCACCCGGCUGCUAUUGCCGCUUUGUCUCUGUCUCCCGAUGGUCGUGAGCUUGUUUCUGCAGGCCAUGAUGCCAGCCUCCGUUUCUGGAACCUAGAGAAGCGAAGCUGUACCCAGGAACUGACUAGCCAUCGUUUAAUGCGCGGCGAAGGUGUCUGCGCCGUGGUCUGGAGCCGUGACGGACGCUGGGUCGUCAGUGGCGGCGGAGAUGGUGUGGUCAAGGUCUUCUCCCGAUGA